AUGGCAGAGUUUCCUCCACCGAGUCUCCAACCCCUCAUUCAGGAAGUGUUCGACCUCCUCAGAGCCCGAAAUGAAACCAUUUCUGUUGCUGAGACGGCCGCAGGUGGCCUCAUCUCGGCCUGUCUCAUUUCCGCCCCGGGAGCAUCAGCCAUAUACAAAGGCGGAACCACAGUGUACACACUAGAAUCCCGCCUGAGUUUUGGCGGCUGGACAUCUGAAAGCGUGAAUGGCUACACAGGACCCACUACUGAGAUUGUCGCUGGCUUGGCUGACCAUAGCCGACUUACCCUGGGUUCGACUUAUGCGAUUAGCGAGAGUGGCACGGCUGGACCGACGGGUGGGACGACGAAGAACCGGACGCCUGGAUAUGUAGCGUUGGCUGUAUCGAGUGCCCAGGGGAAGUUUACGCGGGAAUUUGAGACGGGAAGUAAUGAUCGAGCGGCGAAUAUGGUUGUGUUUGCGCGGGAAGCAUUGAAAUUGCUGAGAGAUGUAAUAUCUCAGGUUGAGACUCCAUCUCUUUAA